AAAAAAAAAAUGACAGUUAAAUCUAAUAAAGGAGUAAUUCUUAAGGCAUAUCCAAAAGGAAUUCCUAAACUUGACGAAAAUUUUGAAUUGACUCAUCGUACAAUUGAUAUUGAAUGUUUAAAUUUGAAAGAAAAUGAAUUUAUUUUAAGAAAUUUAUAUUUGUCCAUAGAUCCUUAUGUUCGUGUUACUUUACAAGAUCCAACAUCAAUCAUUAUGAAAUAUAGUAAAGGGGUACUAACUGGACAGGUUGUAAAUGGUUUAGGAGUUUCUGAAGUUGUAAAAACAAAUAAUCCUAAUUAUAAAGUUGGAGAUCUCGUUUAUGGACCUAUUGGUUGGGAAGAAUAUUCUUAUAUCAAAUCCGAUGAUGCUUCUGUUUCUUCUUUUAUGCUCGUAAAUAAAGAAUUGUUGAAAGAUACACCAUUAAGUUAUCACGCUAGUUUUCUUAAAUUUGGUGGAUUGACAUCUUAUGCAUCUCUUAUAGAUAUUGGAAAACCAAAAGAGGGAGAAACAAUUUAUAUUUCGACUGCUGCUGGUCUUACUGGACAACUCGUUGGUCAAAUAGCCAAAAUUAAAGGAUUGAGAGUUGUUGGGUCUACCGGAUCUGAUGAGAAAGUUGAUUUUCUUUUGAAUGAAUUAAAAUUUGAUGCUGCUUUUAAUUAUAAAAAGGUUGAUCUUGAUAAGGCAUUAUCCGAAUAUUGUCCAAAUGGUAUUGAUAUUUAUUAUGAUAACGUUGGUGGAAAAACUCUUGAAGUUGCCUUGGAACAUUGUAAUCGAUUUGCGCGUGUUGUGGCUUGUGGUAUGAUAUCACAGUACCAUGUGACAAAUCCUGAAGAAAGAUAUGGAGUGAAAAACUUAACUAAUAUUGUCCUUAAAAGCAUGAUAUUCCAAGGAUUUGUUGUAACGGAUUAUUUUGGUAAAGAUAUUGAAAAAGAAUUUGAUAAAGAUAUUAUUGAAUGGAUUAAAAGUGGUAAAAUUAUUUAUAAAGAGACUGUUAUUGAUGGAGUUGAAAAUAUAGCAAAAACUUUUGUUGAUAUGUUAAAUGGUAAAAAUAUUGGCAAGUAUAUUGUAAAAAUAGCAGAUUAUUAGUAUAUGAAUUUUUUUUAAAAUUUAUUCUUUUGAGUCGUACAAGACUGCCUAGUAUAUACUAUAUUUUAACUAAAUAUUAUGUUAUAUAUAAUAAAGGAAAAGAUUAUAUUU